AAGACAAAAACGGUGCGUUUCAAAAGCCUUUCAAUACAGUGUCGUUUUUGCUACUAUCUAUCACUAGUAUUUUGGACUCCCACAGGUAAUUCUGCUUCAUUUCAAACUCUUCUUCUUCGAAAAAAAAGGGUAAGUUUCUCUGUUUCUGCUUUACAAAUUCUCAACUCGACCUGGGUCUUGUCUAUUUGCUUAUAUCAGCCUCAAAGUUGAAAUCUUUUUUGUGGGGUGUGACAAAUAAAUAUACUUUCUUGGAAGAACUGUUAAGGGUCUAUUGCUUAAAUAGGUAUGCUUAAAGUUUACCUCAAAAUUGGUUCAUUCAUAUUCUUAAAGGCUGGGGCUUUUGCUCAAAGAGGUUGAAUUUUGAGAGAAAUUUUUGUUAUUUGAUCUGUUUAUAGAUAUUCUUUAGUGCUAAGUUAUGGGGGAAUUGUUGAGGAAUUCAAUUUCAUUUGCCAUAGUAUCGUAUGGGUUUGGAUGGCGGUAUCAAUCAUGUAACCAAAGUAAAUGUAGAAACAGUGUCUGUUGUAGGUGUUUUUAUAGUGGUUUGGCUAUGAAGAAUUAUAAAAGGCGUGUGGUACGAUGUAGGCUAAACAUGGUUUCGGUGCCGGUUCAUCAAUGUGUUUGGUUUGGUCGUUUACAAAUGAAAAUGUUAAGAAUGAAUUUGCAAUUUGAGUCAACUAGGAUAGAUAAUAAAGUUAAUGUACCGAAGAUGGAUGCUAGCAUUGAAUCUGAGAUGGUUAGUGAAGAUGAUGAAAAUAGUUUGAUUCAAAAAGGCAAAGAAGAAUUUGGGUUGGAUUCUUUGGGUCAAAAUUUGCCUCCUUGGGGAAAGUUGGUGGUUGAUCAAAGUUUGGAUUUUGAGCCCAGAAGUGUUGCUCAGCCUUCGACAAGUUCAAACGGGAAGGAAACUGUACAUGAUAAUAAGGUACACUUUUUGGAGGAAAGGAAUGAAGAAGAAUUAUCAAGAAGAAUAUUGAUGCUUAGUAGGUCCAACAAGGUUAGAAGUGCAUUGGAGUUGUGUAGGUCAAUGCAGUUGUCAGGUCUUCAACCCAAUGCGCAUGCAUGUAAUUCUCUUCUCUCUUGCCUGCUAAGAAAUGGGCUGCUUGAUGAUACCUUGAGAACAUUUGAAUUUAUGAGGAGAAAUGAAAUUUUUACAGGGCAUACUUAUAGCAUAAUACUGAAAGCAAUUGCAGAUGGUCAGGGUUGUGAUGCAGCCCUUGAUUUUUUUGUGGAAUUGGAAGGUGAUUCUGAACAGAAAAAGGUUUUUGAUGUGAUUGUUUAUAAUACAGCAAUAUCUAUUUGUGGAAGAUUGAACAAUUGGGUUGAAACUGAGAGGAUAUGGAGAAGAAUCCAGGAAAAUGGCUAUAUUGGAACACAAGUCACUUAUUCCAUGCUAGUUAGCAUUUUUGUUCGUUGUUAUCAGAGUGAAUUAGCGCUUGAUGCAUAUAAUGAGAUGAUUCAAAAUGGAUUAGAACCCCGGGAAGACACAAUGCAUGCCGUAAUUAGUGCAUGCACAAAGGAAGGAAAAUGGGAUUUGGCAUUAUCUAUCUUCCAGAAAAUGUUGAAUGAUGGAUUGAAGCCAAAUCCAGUAGCAUGCAAUGCGUUAAUUAAUUCACUUGGAAAAGGUGGUGAGGUCAAAUUAGCUUUUAAAAUCUAUGAUGUUAUGAACUCCUUGGGUCAUACGCCAGAUGCUUUCACAUGGAAUUCACUGCUUGGUGCUUUGUAUAGGGCAAAUCAACAUGCUGAUGCUCUUCACCUUUUUGAGAGAAUAAGAGAACAGAGCUCACUAGUAAACCUUCAUAUGUACAACACUGCUUUAAUGUCAUGCCAGAAGCUUGGUUCCUGGGGUAGGGCUUUGCAGCUUUUAUGGCAAAUGGAAGCUUCAGGACUGUUGGUUUCAACUGCAUCUUAUAAUCUUGUCAUUGGUGCUUGUGAGACUGCCAGGAAACCAAAAGUUGCAUUGCAAGUUUAUGACCACAUGAUUCAUCAAAAGUUUAUUCCAGAUACAUUUACUUAUUUGUCUCUAAUAAGAAGUUGCAUCUGGGGAUCUCUUUGGGAUGAAGUGGAGGAAAUCUUAGAUAGAGUCCCACCAAAUGUAUCUCUUCUUAACGCUGCUAUUCAUGGAAUGUGUUUAAGACGCAAGGUCAAAUCAGCUAAGAAGCUGUACUUGAGAAUGCAAGAGAGUGGUCUCAUACCUGAUGGCAAAACAAGGGCAUUGAUGCUUCAGACCUUAGGAAAAGGCCGAUUUAAAGUGAAGAGAUUGUCCUACCGUCGUAGAUGAUUAACUGCUAUUGUGACUUUCUUAAAAAGCCAAAGAGAAGAGGAUCUGACCAUAAGAGUUGUGUUCAGAUGUCUACUUGUGUAAGCUGUGCAUAUAGCAGAAAGUGAAGGUUUGAUUCACAUUUUCAUAAAUUAACAGCCACAUAUUUGUCUUUACAAAUGGUGUUUGUAAUAUAUAAAAAAAUCUUAGUAUCAUUCUCAUUAAUUAUCUCAAUGAAAAUGAGCUGUUUAGUUGCUAAAUACAGCAGUCUUUUGAGAACAUGCAAACCAGAGACAAUCCUCUUAUGCGUGCCUCACCUUACGCGGGCGAGGGUACAUAAAUUUAAAUCCAUUGCAU